AGUCACUCCCAUCUCCUCAAAUUUCAGGAAACACAAACUGAAUAAGAAACGAAACCAAACAUUUGAAAGCCGCCUUUCCCCCCCACUCAGCCAUGGCAGAGGCUGUCAUUAUCCUGAAGAAGAACCGCCUUUGCUGUCAAGUCUGCGGCGAGCUUUUCAGGAAUCCCGCGACCAUCUCUUGCGGGCACAGCUUCUGCACGCGGUGCAUCCUCGACCGCCUGGAUGGCGACGAGAGGAAGAAACGCGCCUGCGUCUGUCCUGAAUGUGGUCACAGGUUUCCCAGCCGGCCGCGGCCGAUCAAGAACACAACUUUAGCUGACUUGGUGAGGGACACGGAGAGGCGUGACGACAAGAGGAAACACCCGGGGGCCUCCACGCAGGACCCGACGAGAGCGACCGGGAGCUGUGCCGUGACAAGAACUUCCUCCGGAAGCAAUCUGUGCGUGAGGCACAGCAGCCCUCUGAAUGUUUACUGCUGCACCGACAAGCAGAUCAUAUGUGCGGUGUGUGCCUCAGCCGAGCACAAGGGACACACGAUUGGGUAUGUGAGAGAAGAAAGGAGGAGAAAACAGAAGGAGCUGAGGAUCAUACAAACAAAAUCCAAGCAGAUUCUCCAGGAACAAGAAAAGAAAUGUAAAAACAUGGGGAAGACUCUCAAACAGAUUCAGGAGGAGGCGAGAGAGACACAGAACUACUGUGAAAGCGUCUUGGCCGGCAUCAUUAACUCCAUCCAGAGACAUCACAUGUCAGUGAGGGAGCUGAUCAGAGGACAUGAGGAGCAGGCAGCAGCUCAGGUCGAGAUCUCCAUACAGACCCUGCAGGUGAAAAUGGAGGCAAUGAGGAAGAGAGAUGCUGGGUUGGAUCGUCUGGCACAGACUGACAGCGAUGCUCGUUUCUUGCAGGGCUGGCCGUUAAUGCAGCACCUCUGUGAAAAAGACCAUCUCCAUCUUUUACAUGAAGACUCAGAGGAUCCUCUUCUCCCCUUUGAGUUUACAAAGAGAGCCGUUGAUAAGCUCGGGGAGCAACUGGAGGAAUUUUGCGACCAAAGAUUUGCUUCAAUCUCUCAAACUGCUGAUGGUGGAGAGCAGCAGGAAUCAGAAGAAGAGUCAGAGGAGGACGACAUGCAGGAAAGAUGUGAAGCCAGUAAGACCGAGUCCCAAGGUCUGGGCACUAUUUCUCGUCUCUCUAGGACCAGCAGGACUGAACCAAACGUGGAGCCUAAAACCAGAGCAGAGUUCCUGCAGUAUGCAUGUGGCCUCAGCCUGGACCCCACCACAGCUCAUGAGAACCUGACUAUUUCUGCAGGAGACAAAGAAGUGAGGUUGAGCCCUCUCAAAGGAAAGAGCCCGGCUGUUCGCUGUCCGCAAAGGUUCCUCCACCGAAAGCAGGUGCUGUGCAGGGAGGGACUGCAGGCAGAGCGCUGCUACUAUGAGAUAGAGGUGGAAGGAGACAAGGCUGAGAUCGCCCUCGCCUACAAAGGAAUAGACAGAAGAUCUCGCACCCCACUGUCAGCUUUCGGGGCAAAUGCCAAUUCCUGGAGUCUUGAUCGCUACGCAAAUUACUCUGUGAGCCACAGAGCUGACAGCGUCCAGCUCACAACAUGCCCCAGUCAACGCAAGCUCGGCGUUUAUCUGAACUUCAAAGAGGGGACUCUUUCCUUCUAUGAGGUGGCAGACAGAAUGAUGUUUCUUUACAAGGUUGAAGCUGAAUUUACAGAGCCUCUGUAUCCGGGCUUCUGGCUCGGAGAGGACUGUUGCAUCAGGAUCUGUGAUUUGAGACGCGACGCACUGUGACCUAUACCUGAGAGGUUUGUAGAAAGGGCCGGUUUGAAGGUUGGUUGUCUUCAUAAGGGGUUUCCCAACAUCAAGUCGUCCCAAAAAUAGUCUGCAUUACCCAGCAAAAAAACUAAAAUGAAUUUAAAGUAAAUCUCAAUUUUACCUCUACAGGUGCCCGGGACCGGACUUGGCAACCACAGUCUUCAUUACAUGAACAAUCAGCUUGUUCUCGACAUUCUCUUACAAGUUGUACAUCAUACUUUUUUUUAACUUGAUUUUCAUGUCUGCCUGCUGUUGUUGUUGCUGUUGUUGUUGUUGUUGUUUUAAAACAUCAAUGCUUUAAUAAGUAUAUUUAAAUCUAUUACACACAAAA